AUGAACACUAACGCCGAUGGCGGCUCUUCUAGGGUUUCGAUUCCCCACCACCUCCGCAAAACCAUUCAGAGUAUCCGUGAGAUUACCGGCAAACAGCACUCCGACGAAGAUAUCUUCGCCGUCUACACUGACUCCUUCAAUGAUCCUCACGAGACCGCCCAGAAGCUCCUCUUUCUCGAUACAUUUCACGAAGUGAAAAGUAAGAGGGAGAAAAAGAAGGAGAAUGUAGUGCCAAUUAACCAAGCAAGUGGCAGAAGUGGUCGGAGGAACUAUGCUUCUAGCAACAAUUAUCAUGAUGCAGGCAAUGGAAGAGGCGCAUCUUUUAAAAGGGAGAGUGGAGCUAAUCAUGUAACAGGAGGUCCUAGAACUUCUCUUCCUGCCACUAACAAAGCAAGAAACCUCACAGUACCGCGUGCAAUAAGGGUUUCUGGUCCUACCAGUGUUCCGAAUGGAGUAGGCAAUCCUAAAGUUGAAGAUGAUUCCACUGCUACUGCUACUGUGGCCAAGGGACUUGCAGAGAAAAAUCCUCCUGCCAAGUCUACUUCUUCCUCUGAGGGUGGUGUUGAGCCAGAGACGUCUAAAGCAGUCUCAGAACCAGUUGCUGCUCCUGCAUCAGUUGCUGUUGUGCAAAACCAUGUACAAGAUGUUACUUCUGCUCAGAUCUCACAACCUGUUGUGAACAACCAGCCAGCAGAGUUGCAAUCAUCUACUUUCACCCGGCAGGAACCUUCUUUGUUUUUUGCUUCUCGCUGCAGUAGCAGCCAGUCAGAUACAGUCAUCGGAAAUGAUACUGCAUGCAAUAAAGCCAAAGCUCAGUCACUUGUUCGCAAGCCAGAUGUUGGCGAACGGUCGCAUGUAAUAUUUCCAUUCCACCUUCAGGGUGACGAAGUGCUGCAAACUGCUCUGACGUUUGGCAGUUUUGAUUCCAACUUUGUGAUAGAGGCAUCUUCUAACAAUGGUGCUAGUGGUGGUGACUCAAAUUUUGAGUCAUCUCACGGGACAGGGGAUGAUGAGGGAGAUUCUUCUCCCACUAGCAAUGGUAUUCCUGGGUUUGCUUCUGCUAGAGACGGACCAUCAUCGGAUUCAAAUUCUGCACCUGGAGCUGAGCUAGUGCGGCACUCAGAUCACAUUGUGCCAUCUGUAGAAGAUGAAGUUAGGGAGAUAACUUUGUUGAACCCACAAACUCAUCGAAUUGCUUAUGGUCAAGAAGCCCCACUCGGUGUUUUUGGUCUGGUCCCUUCCUUCUCAGCAUUAGGCCUACCCAUAAACACAGAAACGGCAGUGGCUCAGCCUGGAAGUUCUAGUGCUCCAGCUAUAUCAUAUCCGCAAGAUCAGUUCUCCAUAGCAGCAGCAGCUCAUCUCUAUAGGCAACAAUACCCUCCCAGUUACUUCCCAUACGGUCCCUAUUACCCACAAUUUUACAUGCCACCACCACCAUACAUUCACCAGUACUUAGGCGCAAAUGGGAUUCCUCAGCAGUCUUAUUUUCCACCAGGAGCUGCUCUAGCUGCACCUACCCAUAUAACACCAUUAAGCGAUGCUGAGAACCCUCCUACCACAGACCCAUCCCCACAAGCUUCUUCCAUAGUUGCCACCCACAUCCCAUCUGCGACCGCCUUAAACUCUGUCCAUACUGCAGAAAUGACUUCACCUAUGACUGAAAGUGCAGCUGCUUGGAUUGGCCAGGGACUUGGCAACCUGCAGUUGAAUCCAUUGUACAACCUAGCCCUGCAGAGACAGCCGCUUGGUUUCCCAGUCGUGCAGGCUGGUCAGAGUGGAGUCAUUGGAAUGCACCAACCAUCACAGCCUAUGGCCGCUGCUUCAACUACAUAUCAGACCUUACCGCCACCGCCACACACCACCACUACUAUGCCUGAACCAAUCGGACACCCGCACAUUGCUUAUCAGCAGCAACCUCAAAAUGCUCUAACGAAUUGGCUCAACAACUGUUAG